UUUUUUUGGUUGGGUUUUUUUCUUCAUUUUUUUACGUUUGGCAGGAAGUUCAUGUCACACGAAUACAGUGAUUGGUGUCCAGUUAUCGCUGUAGACAAUGUAGCGAAUCGUAUAACGGUUACAGGCUAUUCUGCUCUAUGACUGAAUACAUUGCAUUCCUUUCAAAGUAGCCACUGCCGCAUCUUCGGAAAAAACUAUACACGGAAGGGAACUGGUUAGGUUGUUGGAUUUUUUUUGUGGUUUCUUUAAACAAGAGUAGCGACCAGUGAUGUCUGUAGUUGGACGAAUUGUCUGUGAAGUAAACAGAAAAAUCAGUAUGAGUGAAAAAUUCUCAACAGGACGUAAGAAAACAAUAAUCGCGUAAUCGGGAGGUAAUCUUCAAAAGAAACCCGAUUAUCUCCGGUGUACUUUUGUUUCAUUUCAGACAUAGUAACUCUUCUGUUUUAUUUUGUUUUCCUUUGAAAAUCUAAAUGAUAAUGAUAUAUUUCGAUUGCUUACUGAAGCUCAUGGUAUUUUUUUUUUUCGUAUCACCCGCUGUUAACACGGUAUCCGAUGUCCAAUAAGCCAGUUUGAAAGCACUCGUUGCUGCUUCUAAAGCGUGAGGCCUGGGACUCAUAAGAAAGGAAACUGUAAGGAUCAUUAAUACAUCAUUUUGAUAAAAAUCCUUAAAUGUUUCAUGAGUAAAUUGUGCAAAUUAUUUUUUUUCGGCGAUCGUUGUUCGUUAUGCAGGAUAUAAAUUAUUUGCCAUGCGAAGUAAUCAGCAUCAAGGCAUCACACCGGUAAUUAUUUUCACUAUUUAUUACUAAGGAGGGGGGAUCAUUAAAAAUCAGUUUGAAGAAUUGAUGCCGAAUAACGCAGUCGGAAACGUCCUAUGUUACCUAUCUCGUCUGCCGACACCAGAAAAACAACACCCUACGUGGCAUUUUCGAAAAAAAUUUACCCGCGAACAAGAAAUCCACGUAUUUUUCACAUGUUUGUAAACAGCCGGAGUACACCUCAGGAAGUAGCCUCAGCUACCAACAGCAAAUAGUUCCUUUGUAUACACUUGUUUCUUUCUACAAAUUACACAAAAUUUCCUAAUAAGGGGUACAUAAAUUAAGAGAAGAGAAAAUGAGAAAAAUCGCGCAAAAAACAAAUUCUUUUAAAUAUAUGAAACUACAAUUGACUAAGUUCAUUUUGAUUGGACAAUUACCGGUGUGAUACCUUAAUUAUUUAAUUUCUAAGUACGCUGAUUCCGAUGUACUGUUGUUAAAAUUCACACCUUGAUGUAAACUCUCAUGGAGGAAUAGCUCACAAGUAGAUAAACUAUACACCCAGCAUACACCCAGUGCGGUGGAAACUGACCAUUUCAAUCGGUCACUUUCAGGAGUACUGGAUUUGCACCAACAUGCAUCUAAAGGAAAACCAGGAGCAUUGAGAAAUUUCAUAAGAAUUUUACAAGGGACAUUAUUCCUUCAAGAAAUGGGUUCAAUUCGGACUGUGACUAUCGUAUCUAUUAUUGCUCUGAAUUGUGUUUUAACGUUGGCCAGGACAACUGCACCAUCCACUGGCGAAGCCCCUUUGUUGAAACGAGGGGAGGACCUAGCGUUAGAGUCCGUCAAAGUGAACGAGGGCUCUAAGUUAAGACUGCGAUGUAAAGUUUCCGGUGAUCCUAGACCGUAUACUACCUGGUACAAGGAUGGGGAAAUGAUCCAACCACGACAUUAUAAAAAUCUAAGAACAAACCGCCAUUCCUUGCUGAUAAUUCAACCUCGGGAACAGGACAGCGGGCUGUAUUCCUGUCACAAACAGAACCAGUAUGGGGAGGUGUGGAAAAACUACUCAGUCACAGUCAAAAAUGAAAAGAAAGGUUGGGAACCCAACAUUGUUGAUUGCAAGUCCCCUGGCCCACCACAGUUUAAGGACAGAGGUGAUCUAAACGACUGGAUAGCCAGACCCUCUCAAGCACCUGUUGAAUUUAAAUGCAAUGUAUGUGGUAAACCUAACCCCAAUGUCACGUGGUAUGUGAGUGGACGACACAUCGACACAAGCCUUAUUGGUACAAAGUAUAGAAUAAAAAGGAGGACGUCCUUGACCGUGGAAUUUCUGACGAAGAAAGAUGCUGGAAAUUACACCUGUGUGGCUCAGAACAAACACGGAUCUAUCAAUCACACUUACGAACUCGUAGUUAUUGAUCGGGUGCUUACAAAGCCUGUGAUCCAAGGACCGGUGAACAAGACCGUGACUUACAUGGACGACGUAAAGUUUGAAUGUAUAGUUGUCAUGAGUGACCUUCAGCCUGUCAUCCAGUGGUUGAAACAUUACACGGUCAAUGGGUCCUUCACCAAUGAGGAUGAAGAGCCCUACGUCCAUAUCAUCCAGCAAUCCUCCUUCAACGUGACCAGGCCUGAAAUAUUGUACAUAAGAAACGUGACUUAUGAGGAUGCUGGGUGGUAUACCUGUUUAGUGACCACCUCCAUGGGGCGAGCCUACCAAAGUGCCCGGCUGACCGUUGAAGAAAACCUGUCUACAAGUGGUCAAGUCGGAGAAAUUAAUCCACCCAAAGAGGAAGCCGAUGAUGACUGCUCGGAAAAAUUAGUGAACAUUCAAAGCGAGCGACUGUUUGUUGAAAAGGAAAGACUUGAAAUCGAGAAAAAGCGACUGGAAAUCGAGAGUCAGAGAUUAGAAAUUGAAAAACAGAAACUUUAAACUUCACAACAGCAUCAAACAGUAUACAUGUAUCUGUCUCAAUUAACAAUUCAAUACGUGUCCCAAGUAGUAGUUGACAUCAAAGCACGAAUUGAAUAAAAGAUUUAAAGCAUUA